ACAUCGUGAAUCUCCAUUGUUAAUGGCUCUGUAAAAGUGAAAGGGUAUUCCAGUUUUUAUAUAUUUCUAAUGUCGUCUCAAGCGCAUCACAUUUCGUUUCUAUCAGGAACGUCUUAGGAAUAGCACAUAAGCGGUAAUGUAUGUAUAUCUUAUGUGUGUUCCAAUGACGUAUAAUGUAAUAGAUAUUGAAAGGCUUAGCCCAAGUGUCAUAAGUUCUCAUAAAAUAUUCGAUGAACUCGAAUCAUCGCUUAUCGUGAACAAAUACUAAGUACCGUUUGCACUGUAAAACCCCAGCAAUCACAACUGUCGAAGACCUACCUGAAGUCUAACCGCCUUUACUCAUAUUGAAGAAUAUUCAAGAUUUUAUCAGGUUCAGUCACAACGCAUCAGUUAAAAGUCGGAUAACUUUUCAUUCGUAUCAUUCCAGAUGACUUCCUCUCUUUUAGGACAUGAAUUAUUAAGGCGGCCAAGUAUCGUUUUUUUUUAAUGACCAAAAUAUGUGCGGAUUGUGUUUCCUGUAGUUGUUGAACAGGAACUUGUCCAUACUUGAAAACAAAAGUAACGACGUCAUUGUUUGGUUUUCGGUAAAUAAGGGCAAACACCAAGUCAUAUGUAAGGAUGUCACUUCCAAAAAUAACUCUAAAUACCCUAUAGGGAAGCUCCUGUUCAUCCUUAUACAUAAGCUAUUGACAAUGUGCAUCUCAUACGUUUCAAGAAAUUACAGCACGCGGUGUAUGGGUAGGAGAGUAUUUUAAAACUUUCUCGUAUCACAAAGUUCUGGAGAGAAGUGUGUAAAUGGAGAUGUGAAGAAAUUAACAUUGACAGAUCAUAUUACAAAAAUGUUAUUCGUUUCGUUAGUUCGGUUUAAAAAAAAAUAUGAAAAACAAAACAGUUUUUAAAUGUAUGACACGAUUUUCAUCCGUCUCCCAAGCAAGAAUCAGUGUAAAAAGUUAAACUUGCGAGUCACACAGUCUCAAUAUCCCUAACAACAUUGUUGAUGAGGACAAAUUAAUUCGAGAUACACGUAUGACCAUGCUAAUUUCGCGACUUGUGUGCUUGUCUGCACGCCGGGGUUUUCCAUGUUCAUGGCUAAGAUUUAAACAUGGAGAAAAAUGAGAGACACGUGCUAAUUAAACAGCUCACCGUUCGCUCUUUGAUAGCCUCUUGAAGUUUCUAAAUCUUACACAGGCAAUAGAGGGCACCCGAGCGGAGCUAGUCUCUUUAUCAGAUGUCUUUCUCUACCAAAAUAUGUCCCACGAGACGUCAGAUCGGGGUUGAAACCAUGAGGGAAAUAAGCACAUACAAUCAGAUACAGUUUAAUCUUUAAUAUUCCCUCCGCUAUUUUCAAGGAAACCUUCGAUCAAGAUGUUUGAAGCCAGAGAGAGGUUCUUAUCCAUUACAACAUCGAUUCGACAGUGCGCUCUGUCAAACCCUUGUGUGACCUUAUAGCUGGGUUUUUUUUUUCAAAAAUUCAGUAUUUAUUAAUUUUUUGGCGAAAGUGGGAAAAAGAGAUAACACCCCUAAUACUGGAAAACUAAGAGAGACAUCGUUAAAUUUUACGACAUUUUUGGAAGAUGUUAUGUAUAAAUGCCCGAUUGAGCCAUCCUUUAAGUAGCCUCUAUGUGUCUUCGGAGCAGGCUAUCUCGAGCUAAGUGGAAAGUACAUGCACUAGUUAUAAGAAAGAGCCCUGAUUGAGCGAUAGCUUGAGAAGGUAUUGUAAAAUUUUGAAUGUCUCGGGUACGACAAUGUCAUAAGAGGGUAGUGCCUAGGUAACGGGCAAAUCCUAUGAACCGAUUCUUUUUUUUUCUAUUUAUUUAUUUAUUUUUCAUUAUGCGCACAGAAGAAAUUUCUUUAAUUUGUCCUCCUCGAUUUUGAUUCUCGUCUCUGAAUAUCAAAGUACUCCAAAUUAUCUUCUCACUGAUCGAAACGAACGUUUUUUAUAGGCGGAGAUCUAUCGGUUAAAAUUGAAUGAUCGUUCUUUCCCUUUCGUUUUAGUAACAAAUAAAUUCUGUUUAUGUUCAAAAAGUGACAUACUAUAGCUCGCAUAACAUACUGAGAAGUCAUGUGGAUAUCACAUGAGGGCUGAUGAAUCGGCUUUUUCUUUAAAUAAAAUAAGUAAGAUUUUCACUAACCUUGAAUAUUGUUACGUCUAACGUUGAGAACACGUCUCUAGCAAAGCUGCAACGUAGACUCUUCAGGAAAGAGGGCCCAACGAACAACUGUCAUUAGUGCCAGAGUAAGACGAACUUCAUGAACGCUUAAAGAGAGCUCGUAUAAGGAGAAGUUUCCCUUGGAUGAGAGCAUAAUGGAUCAGAACGUGAGCAUAAAACGAGAACAGGUGGACCAUGGAGUAGAUGAGGGAAGUUUAAGGCAAUCAGGAACUGUAGGAAGGAAGGCACCGGGGCCAAAACAGGACAGAAAAGGAUUACGCCGCAAGCGAACAGCCUUCACUGUACGGCAACUGGAGAGGAUGCAGUCGGUGUUUCAGUGGAAUAAGUAUCCCGGAGUAACAAUUCGUGAGGCGCUAGCCGCGGAACUGGGAAUCAGUGAGGCGUGUGUACAGGUUUGGUUUCAAAAUCGUCGAUCCAAAUGGCGCAAGAGAGAAAGCAAUAUUCGACCGUUACGCUGCGAGGAGCGUCCUGAUGUGUGCGCAUUUUAUACCUAUAGUAACGCUGAGCGACGUUGGCCUCUUCCACGGGCGCACAAUUACUGCUCGUGUCAAGUUAAGUCUCAUGCCGUGUUUGGAGUAGCGCCAGUUACAGCUGGCUCCAUGAGUGCUGGCUUAGCUACUGACAACCGACUUACCACUUGUCCUUCUUUACACCCGACGCAUGUACUGUCAAAUGAGCAAGGAGAAGAGAGAGAAGAGCGUACUGGAAUUCUGAAACCAAAUGGUGCAGGCCCGAGAUUCACUCAUCCUAGUCUAAGUUCGAGAAAUCAGAAAGAAGUUUUUUCAGGAGAGCGUUCAGCAGAUGAACUCAUCAGUGCAAAUGGACUUCUGUGCAUGUAUUCAAUGCCAGGUAACUAAGUUCAGAAAUCAAAAGGCCAAGAUGUAUGAGAAGAGAUCAGAAGACCCGUCGCAAUUUGCUGCAGAUCCAUCCUGAAUGCCUGUAUGUAUGUAGGCAUCCCGAACAUUCAAUUACAUUACAACAAAGAUUGAAGCUAUGUAACCAGAAUUUGAACCUACGUGCAUUAAAGAUAUGAUUUAAUCUUGGGGAGGAUUUAUCAUUAUAAUGAACAUUAUAACUUGUGUUAUUAGGCUUUGGUAUUUGUCAUGUAGUUUGAGCCUCGGCUAUGCCUCCACCCAUUUA